AUGUUACUGCAUAAUAUCUUUUACUCGUAUAUCAUCUUGCUUUUGCAAUGUGACAUUGCCAAAUCAUAUGUUCGGGAAGGAAAUAGGCUGAUGCUCAAGGAUAAGCAAGAUUUCUACACUAUCAAUAAAAUUCAUCAUGUCAAAGAAAGAGACGUUUCGACAAUCGCAAUUUCACAAAAACCUGGAAAAGUGCAAUCAAAAGAUCAAACUAUAAUAAUACUACCAAAUGAAGGAAAUAAAUAUCCUUAUAACAGCAAUCCCUAUUCUCGAUACAAUCCUUAUGAUGUAAAUAACCAAAGCGGAGGAACAAUGAUUGUAUUAAAGAACCCAGGUAUUUUGCCGAUAACGUCAUCGUGGGAAGCGAGUGUCCUGUUCAGAAGACAAGUAGGCGGUCCG